AUGGGCUGGAACGCCGUGCCGUGGGGCUUCCGCAAGCUGCUCAUGUGGAUCCAGGCCCGGUACGCGCCGGUGGGUGGCAUCAUCGUCACUGAGAACGGCUGCGCGGUCGCCGACGACGACCAGGCGGUCGCGGCCAAGGACUACUUCCGCGUCAACUUUUACCGCGGGUACCUCGCCGAGAUGCACAAGGCCAUCACCGAAUUCAACGUCGACGUCCGCGGCUACUAUGCGUGGUCGUUCAUCGACAACUACGAGUGGGCCUUUGGCUACACGAAGCGGUUCGGUCUCCACUGGGUCAACUACGAGACGAUGGAGCGCAUGCCAAAGGCAUCGGCGAUCUGGUUCGGCCACGUCCUCCGCUCCAACUCGCUCGCUCUCGAAGACGAGUACAACGGCAAGUCGCCCGAGGGCAGCGCUGCCGUCGCCGCCGCACCGCUUGCCACGUCGUACUGA